CUACCAUGAUCCGUAAUGCUUUUGCCUUAGAUUCGCACGUUCGCCAAAGGGCGAUCGGCAAGGGUAUCUGUGCAUGUGUACAAGAAGCGAUGAAUCGCACCCCUUCCAUCCGUCUUCUUCCUGGAAAGUAUAGCCCACCAUCGACAACGCCAAGACAGUGGCAUACAGCACUUGUAGCAUGACCACACGCACCACUCGCCGCAAUGACCGCAUGAAUGGCUCAGGCGUAAACCGAGUGCCGACCAGCACUUCCCGCAGGUGAAUUGUCUCUCCGUCAUCCGCUACGGUUUUCUGCUCAUAGACCAGGUGCGAUUCGAAUUCCUCAAAGGCCGCCGGGUACCCUGCACAUCGGUGCAGCCAAGCAGAGGACUCACCAGGUUUGUACUGUUACCACAUAAGUGCUGUGUGCGAGAGCUCGUUCCUGUGGCUCACCGGCAGCCUUCUCGAACUCCGUCUUCAUCGCCUGGAUGGCCAUCUCCUCGGCCCUUUGCGGCCCCGGCCCCCCCUCCUCGGAGAUGUCCGGAAGAGUGAAGGUCGACUGUGACAUUGCAUGAUGGCUGGGCCUUCUGAAAGCAUCAUCGUUAACAUGGACGCUCGCCGCCUCUCCUUGUCGGAGGUCAAGGUCCAGGAGGCAGUCGCUGCUCUGAAUCUCCUGGCUGAGAGCACGGCCCUUCUCGGCGAUGAGCUCUUGGGGCCUCCCUUGGUCCUCAUGUAACCGCGUCGCGGAUGUGUUCUCGCAGCUGGGGCCGACGGAGGUGUGCAUGUCCUGCCGGAGAGCACAUUGGCGCCGCCCCUCACCCCUGUCGGCUGGCUGCGACCGCCCCUCUGAGUCAAAGUUGCUGGGGCUGACUCUGGGGCUGGUACUGUCACCGUCUGUCGGAAGUGGAAGGACCAUGGUAGUGGAACUCAUCUCAGACAU